AUGAGUAUGCAGAUGCUCUUCAGAGUUCACCAGCUGUCCUCAAAUGCUUAUCUCAUCCUCAAAAUCAGCAUGAAAUCAGCAUUUGCACUGAACUACCUGGAUCAGCUGGAUCAACUGAGGAGUCGUCUUGGAUUCUAUAACAUCCCUCCUAUGAAGCCAGUGGUCCUAGAUGAAGUUAGCACUGCCGAAUCAAUCAAAACCUUUUUUGGCGAUGAAGAACAAUUAUUUAGUGAACCCAAGAAUCCUGUGACUUUCAACACCACCUUUAGAAGGCUUGGCGUUUUUCCAUGCUGCAAUAUACUCUUUUACAAUCUUGCUGUUACUCUGGUGAAGGAUUUCAAGGUGGACACCAUGCUGUUUCCCACAAAUUGGGUGAAUAUUUGGCCACAUUUUUCAGCUAUUGAAUUCUACUCAGCUUGGGCUUUGAGCAUGGGGGUUAACAUACUUGCAUCCAAUGUACAUCACCCCUCAAAGAAAAUUACAGGUAAUGAAAGUGACAUCUCUGUACCUAAUUCUCAAAGAGCAUUUCACUAUGAUAUGAAGACGGAGGGAAAAUUCCUGCUCUCACAAUUGCAUUCCCACCCUCACCUCCCAGUCAUGGUGAAUUGGACUUCUCGUGCUAGCGGUAUAGAAGCACUCGCAAUGGGAAACCAGGAAUUUCAGGGCAGUUUUUUAAAUUCACCUUGGAGCUCACGGGAAUCUCAGGGAAUUACAGUUUGUCAAAAGGAUCUUUGUUGUCACCUAAGCUACAAGGUGUCUGAGAAGAGAUCAGACGAAGUUUGUGCCCUGGGGCGUCGGAUGGACUACACAAAUGUAAAGAGAGCUACUAGUUACAGGGGAUGA